AUGUCUGCAUUCCAGGAAGCACUCAGUCAAUUCAUCCUCUCAAAGGACCAACUCCAAAAAAUCGUUGACGGCAUGACCCAGGAAUUCAUCGAAGGCCUCUCAACCACCGACCCCAAGAACAUCACCCAACAACCCUCCUUCAUCACUCGUCUCCCCACCGGCCAAGAGACCGGUCUCUACCUCGCCAUCGACAUGGGCGGCACUAACCUCCGUACCGCUGCUGUUCAUCUUUUGGGUGACGGUAAAGUCGGUGUCACGAUAGAGAAGCAUGAAAUUACUCAGGAGUUGAAGACCGGGACGGGCGAGGCUAUGUUUGACUGGAUUGCUGAUUGUACUGCGUCGUUGUUGAAGACUGUUGCAGUCGAUAUGGGGAAUGCGGAUCUCCACAUGGGUGUCACCUUCUCCUUUGCCCUCCACCAGACGGCGGUAAACAGAGGAAAGGUCCUGGCGAUGGGUAAGGGUUUCGAUCUCUCAGGUGUGAUGGGCAAGGACCUGAAGGAUCUCCUCGAGACCGGGUUCGCCCGCAAGAACCUCCCCGUGACAGUCUCGGCCAUCAUCAACGACACCGUCGGCACCUUAGUCUCGCACGCCUACAUCUCGCCCUCGACCAAGAUCGGCGUCAUCCUUGCCACAGGCACCAACGCCGCUUACAUCGAGCGCGCGGCCGAGGUCUCCAAAUAUACCGGCCCCGCCUGUGGCCAGAUGAUCCUCAACACCGAAUGGGAUGCCAUGGGUAAAGCUUCGUACUUGCCCCAGACCAAAUACGACAAGGAAAUUGACGCUGUUUCCUUGGUCCCUGGGUUCCAGGAGUUUGAAAAGAUGGUUUCGGGUCUGUACAUGGGUGAGAUCUUCCGUCUGGCGCUCGUGGAUCUGAUUGAGCAAAAGGCCAUCUUCGAGUCUUCUCUGAACGGAAAAGUCCCCGAGUCCCUCCUCCCGACCAAGGCAUUCAAGACCCUGUUCAUGUCAACGAUCGAGUCUGACAGUAGCGCCGACCACCAGGCAAUCGACAAGGUCUUCAAGACCGCCUUUGGAAUCGACGGUCUCACGUCCGAGGACCGCACCAAGAUCUUUUCUCUCGUCCACGCGGUCGGCCAACACUCUGCUGCCAUGACCGCUGCCGCUUGCGCCGCCCUCCUCUACAAGGCCAAUGGUGGCUCUGUCCAACUUGAUGCCGUCAACGAGAUUACGACUAUUGGAAUUGAUGGGUCUGUGUUUGAAAAGUACCCGCAGUUCUCGCAGAAGAUGAUGAAGGAGCUGACCAAGAUUUUGGGAGAGGAUCGUGCUUCGAGGAUUCGUCUUGAGCUUGCUCGGGAUGGUGGUAGUAUUGGUGCUGCCCUUGUUGCUAUGAUCUCUCACAGCGGUGGAGCCAUCUAG